UCGAGUUAGAGUACUGGUAUUCAGUAGAAGCUAGGUAAAAGAAAUAGAAAAAUAAAUAAUUGUCUGACCACAAAGAGUAAUUUGAUGGUCCAGAGCUGCAGUGUUAACGUUAUUUGGUUACAGAAUCAUUAAGGUGCUCGGUUUUCGGGAUGGCAACUGGUGGCACGCCUUUUGAUCACUGCACAGACGACCGAGAUCUGCCCAACUGGACUGCCAGCAACGGCAGUCUGGAAGACAGAUUAAACAAUAUGGACUGGGGUGUGCAGCAGAAGAAAGCCAACAGGUCCUCUGAGAAGAACAAAAAGAAGUGUGGCGCGGCGGUCGAGAGCAGGCUGACCAAUCAGAUCUCUCCAGAGUCGUCGCCGGGGGCGGGCCGGAGGCGGGCUCGCACGCCCCACUCCUUCUCCCACGUGAAGUACGCCACGCAGAUGUCUGUCCCAGACCAGGCGGAGCUGGAGAGACUGAGACAGCGAAUCAACUUCACUGAUCUGGACGAGAGGAGCAUUGGGAGUGACUCUCAGGGGCGGGUCACAGCUGCAAACAACCAAAGACAACUGGCUGAGAACAAAAAGGCCUUCAACUUUUUACCGCUCCACGUGAACACAAACAAAGGCAAGGAGCCGGCCGCUGCCGCCACUGUCGCCACCGUCUCUCCGUCCACCAGCAGGGGUCCUAAAAAGCAGUCCCCGGGGAAGGACGCGGCGGCCUCCCCCCUGAGCAAGGAAGCCUCCGAGCCACAGCGAGGAGCCGGGGAAGAUGGGAGAGGAGAGCCAGGGAUCGACAGCAGCCAGGUCGUCAGCAAGCUUGUUCAGAUUAGGGAGUAUAUUGGCAAGGCCAGCACCAUAAGAGACGACCUGGUGGAGAAAAACGAUAUCCCUGCCAAUGUUGAGCGUUUAUCGCACCUAAUAGUACACCUAAAGGAGCAGGAAAAAUCCUACUUGAAAUAUCUCCAAAAGAUGUUGGCCGGAGAGAACGAGGAAGACGAGGUUCGCACCAUGGAUUCCGCGGUGGGGUCGGAGUCUGUGGCCGAGAGCGCCUCGCUGAACAUCGAGCUGCGGUCAGACGGUUCCAACGCCGUUGUGAGUAAAGCUGGAAGAGCCCCGCAUUUCAGCCAGGAGAGCUCUCGGGUUUCGAGAAGCCGGCCCCGCAUCGAGGACAAUCUAGGGCGGUCGGCGAGCCAAGGACAGGGCUUGGUCUGGGACGCCACUGAAGCACGUGGCCUCAGUGGCUUGGGAGUGUGGCCCGAUAGGACUUAUAGCCAGCAUCCAACAAAGGGCAGAGAUGGGCGAGCAGGGGUGAAGGAGGAGGAGGAGGAGCUGGAGAACCUGCGCCGGCAGCAGGAGCUGCUGAAGAAGAUGCUGGACCAGCAGGAGCAGCUGAAGGCCUUGCGUGGCCGGCAGGAGGCGCUCAUGGCCCUGCACAGCAGCGGCCAGCGGGCUGGCACCGGCAUGGACGACACCGUAAUAACAGAAAACACAGGCAGUGUUUCUGGACUCAGCAUCACCUCAGAGCUGAAUGAAGAGUUGAAUGAAUUAAUCCAGCGUUUUCAUAACCAGCUUCAUGACACGCAGACGAAGGCGGUUCCAGAUAACAGGAGACAAGCGGAGAGCCUGUCCAGAGGCCGUGUGCCGGCCCAGCCCCCGCCCCCGCCCCCGCCUCGUCCCCAGCACUCUGCCACCGCGGCUAGCGCUCGGCUCACCAAGCUCCAGGAGCUCCAGGACAAGAAGGACACCAUGGAUAAGAUCCUGCAGGAGCUGCACACGCUCAGAGACCACACUCUGAACAACAGCUCCUAUGGAGGGGCAUUCUGUGAGCGCGGUGCAGACCACAGGGGUGCGGUUACUGGGGUGUCCGGGGAGCGCUGCUCAGCUCUCAACCGAGAGGCCAAUGGCCGUAUGGGCGUGGUCACCAGACUGGACCCCUCCACCGUCCACCACGAACCCCAGCUGGAGGACAACGGCAAUCCCCCGGAUAAACUCAGGAAACUGAAGGAGGUUCACAAGAGGCUGAACGAGCUGCGAGAGCUGGUGCAGUACUACGAGCAGACCUCCGACAUGAUGGCGGACACCGUCAACGAGAACGUCAAAGACGAGGACGAGGAGACUGAGGAGGGCUCCUUGUUUGAGGCCAUGUUUGACUCUGAGCAGGAAACCCAAGAACGUGUCACAAACAUAAGAAACCCACAGCGUGCUGGGAACUGGAUGGACACCAGUGGCCUGACCAAUGCCCACGGCUCCAACAACCGAGACGGGAGGCUGAACACGGACUGUGAGAUCAACAACCGCUCUGCUGCUAACCUGAGGAGCUUGAACAUCCCGUCCGCCAUAGAGUGCCAGUACAACCGGUACCGCCCCUACAACGAAAUCAAGGAUGCCAAUGAGGAAGAGGAGGAGGAGGGGGAGGGCCUGGUGGACGAGGAGGAGGAGCGGGAGAGGGGUGCGGGGAGCGAGGCUUCCGGCUCCAGCCGCAGGAGCAGUCUGGGGGAGGACCCCGAGCUGGAGCAGAAGGUGCGCCGGCUCCAGAAUGCCAAGCAGAAGCUGAGGCAGCUGCAGGAGCUCGUCGCCAUGGUGCAGAGUGACGACACUGACGGGACCACAGCCAAUGAGGAGGACGGGCUGAACCAGCAGCCCAACAACACCCGAGCGUCUGUCCCCAAACCGCAGAGGGACCUGUCUGUCACCGAGGCCGCCAGGGAGAAGUUCUACUCGGCCAAGCUGAAGCAGCAGCAGCGGGAGCUGCAGAGGCUGCAGGAGGAGAGGCAGCGUCUGGCAGAGAUCCAGGGAAAGAUCCAGGACCUGCAGUGGGCCUGCCCCGACCUCCAGUCGUCCGUGUCCAGCGCGGUGAGUCAGCAGGGCCCGCGGAGGAUUCCCGCCGCAGCGUCGACGCCCGGCCUCGGCGCCAGCGGGGCGGCGCUCAACCCCACGCCGGAGGCCACCGCAGCCACAGGCCCCGAUAAUGAGCUGUGGUCGGAGAUGCGGAGACACCAGAUCCUGCGGGAGGAGCUGAGGCAGAGGAGGAAGCAGCUGGAGUCUCUGAUGGCGGAGCAUCACAGGCGGACCGUGCUCAGCGACGCCCCCUGCGGGAAGGACGGGGCAGAGCCACCCCCUCUGCACACCCCGGUGCCACUGAGCAGGGACGAGAGGACGAUGGCCACGUGGGGAGGGUCCACGCCGUGCCAGCUGGACGAGGAUGAGGAUGGCUACCCCUCAGAGAUGGGUGGCGAGGAAGAGGAGCUGGAGGAGGAGGAGGCAAACUCCAGCUCCAGCGAGGACCUGGCCAUGUACCCCAGCCGAAAGCACAGGUCCCACGGGGGCAGGAAGCUGAAGGAGAGCUGCCCGAAGUGGUCGUACCCGCGCCCGGCGGACGAGGGGGCGCGGCCCUCCUCCAAGGCGCGGUCCCGGCAGCGGCAGGGAGCCCGCGGGGCGGGGCGGCAGGAGAACGUGCGCCGGGGCCCGGACAGGCCCUCCCUGGAGGGGACGCGGCGCUGGCAGGAACAGGUGAACCAGCUGCAGGCACAGCUGGAGUUCAGCACCAACAUGUGCCAGACUCUCCUGCAGGACCAGCAGAGUCUGUCCUGUCUCCUGCAGUCUCUGCUCUCCAGCCCCUACAGCUUGAUCCCGAAUAAUGUCGGCUCGCCCCAGGUGCACCUCAUCAUGCACCAGCUCAACCAGUGCUAUACGCAGUUGGCAUGGCAGCAGAAUAACGUGCAAAGACUGAAGCAGCUGCUGAAUGACCUGCUCCGCCAGCAGCAGCCUCAGACCCCGCAGCAGAGCUCUUCCCAGGACAGCGCCGCCCGCCCCGCGUCUCCCGGCCUCUUCCCUCCCCCCUUCACCUUCCCCCCCGGCGCUCUGAGCGUGCCCGGACUGGCUGGCUUCCCCAUUCCCUCUGGCUUUGGCUUCAGUGCACCCUUCCCCCCGGGGUUGGGAGAGUUCACGCCCCCCGCAGCCGGCCCGGCCAGCACCCCGCAGCAGCAGCAGCAGGCGGACCACAACUCCUCUGUGAGGACGGAGUACAUGAGCUUCCCCCCGGCCGCGCCCCAGGAGAGACCCCCCGCCAGCGGGGCGGACACAAGGACGCAGAAGGAGGGAGAGGGGGCGGAGCAGCAGGGCGGGGCCUUCAGGAGGACCCUGGAGCAGGGCAUCCGGAGCCGACCCUUCCACCGGGAGUCCCUGGAGAGCCUGAGCAGCCUGCCGGACCCCGCCGACCCCACAACCCUCACCAGAACCUUCCGCCCAGGCAGGAAGGCGUCGGCCCAGGACAGCCUAGCCUCCAGAGACAAGACGCCCAAUGCCAAGAGGAGGAGAAGUAAGCCACGCGCCAAAAACGCAGGGCAGGGGACGGACAGCGUGUCCAGCGCCAGCGAGUACGGCCGGGACCCGGCUCCACACAGCAAGCAGAGGGAGCAGAACCGCCUGCUGGACCGGCUGACCCAGGAGAAGCUGGACAGCAAGAUCAAAACCAGGCAGAACAACGAGCUGUCCUCAGCGUGUGGUUGGAGCGCACCCCUCCACUCUAACAGAAACGCAUGCACUGAAGCACCAGAUACGAGCAGCGACUUCUCACUGUUCGAGGCCUUGCGAGAGACCAUCUAUUCAGAGGUGGCAGCUCUUAUAUCCCAGAAUGAAUCCAGACCACAUUUCCUCAUCGAGCUUUUCCACGAGCUUCAGCUGCUCAACACGGAUUACCUGCGUCAGAGGGCACUCUACUCCCUGCAGGACGUUGUGACCAGGCACCUCACGGAGAGGGACACUGCGGACGGGCAGCCCGGCUCCCUGGGCCCGGUGGCCUGGGUGACUGCUUCAAACUCGGAGCUCACGCCCAGUGAGCCCACGAGCCUGCCCACCAGUGAUGCGGACGUGUCCGAGAAGAACAUGAGGACCAGACUCGGCCUAAGAAAAAAGCCCAACAAUGCAGAUGCCGUGGACAACGAGAGCGCCCUGUCUGUCUCCGCAAACUUCGAACCCUUCGCCAGCGACGAUUUGGGUGACACGGUGAUCCACUUGGACAGAGCGGCGGCCAGGAAGAGGGAGUACGAGAAUAUGAAGCAGAGAGCAGAGGGCCACCGCAGCGUCACUGCUGCCGCCGAGCUUCCGCCUGGUGACCACGCCGCGGCCAGGCAGGAGGAAGGUGAUGGCUCCAGUGAGCUGGCACGCGCUUCUGGAGACGGCCACUGUCCGCAGAUCGACAUCGAGCAGCUGGACCAGCAGAUCAAAGCCAUUAUGACAGAGGUCAUUCCCUUCCUGAAGGAGCACAUGGAGGAGGUGUGUUCUCUGCAGCUCCUGAGCUCAGUCAGGAGAAUGGUGCUGUCUCUCACCCAGCGCUCUGACAGCAAGGGCUGCUUCCGCUUCCUGCACCGGCAGCUCGACCACAUCCUCAAGGAGAACCUGAGCAAGUUCGCCGGGAGGACACUGAAAGAGUGUGGGGAGGACCUGCUGGUCAUGAUCUCUGAGAUCCUCUUCAACGAGCUGGCCUUCUUCAGCCUGAUGCAGGAGCACGGCAAAGCCGCCCCCAAGCACAGAGCCGCGGGGAGGGCCGACUGCCCGGCCCCCGAACAGCCAAACGCAGAGGAGAGGAAGUCUGUGGAAGGGGGCGAGUCAUUUUCCGCAGCUUACAGCGAUGAAGAUAAAGAUAAGGAUGAAACCGAGCAGGAACCUGCGCUUCAGGAUGGAGAGGCUUCCGAGAGGGGGGGCGAGGACAGGGACGGAGGGGGACAGCCUCUGUCCGGAAGCCUGUCGAAAGCAGACUCCUCAGCUGUGACCAGCGGUGGCAGUGGAGAGGAGGAGAGGCCGGGGGACGUUGGGACUGGGCUCGCGGACGCCCCCACGUCCCCGCAGGCCAGCGGUGCUGCUGCACACGAGCCCGAGCAGGCGACAAGCAGAGUCUCUGAAAAUGGAUGCCAAGUUUCAAAGUCCAGCCCUGAACCCGUGGAGCACUUGGAUGCCCAGUCUGAGUACGUGGAGAUGGCAGAGCCCACCGAGAAGGACGAGGUGUCCUGUGAGCCCGGGGUCCCCUCGGGGCAGAGCGGGGGCGACCCCGCAGCACCCGCCGAGACGGAGUCGGUCUGCGUGUCCCGAGAAGGCUCCGCGGCCUGCAGCCCCGACACGGACUCCCCCGUCAUCGUCAACGAAGACGAAGUUGGGUCUGGAAAUUUGAGCCAAAAGUCAGAUGAAGAGGACUUUGUGAAAGUGGAAGGUUUACCUCUACAGCUGUCUGCCCUUUGUCAGGAGGAACUUCAGAAGAGAAUUACAAAAGAACAGCAGAGCAACGACCUGUCAGCGGAGAUCCUGAAUGGAAAUGUCGACGGACUGGCAGGGCUUCUCGGAAACUCCUUAACCCUAAAAGAACCAGAAACAGUGGGAGCGCAAAGCGCGUGAAGAUCUUCUCCUCGUUGUGCUGUGUGUAUGACUAAGGCCUUUCUCCAGUCAAACCGCAAUGUAUCCUGACUCCAAUUUUGAGUUGUGGAUAUAAGUAAGCCUUGUAAUUUUUUGAACAU